AUUCGCUUCAUCCAUAUCUCCGUUCGCAUUUGGUCGAAAGAUGUUCCGCAUCGGAUUCCUAAUGCCAAUUUCCGACCUUUAUAUUAGAUAGCAAAAGAGUCAGCUGGUCAGCUUGCUAUUUUGCAUUGAAAGGAUCAGUACACGAGAUUCGUAUCCCUCAUCCGCACUCAGCCUCGCCAAGAAAGUGUUGAGUACAGAUACAGAUAUAGAUACAGAUACAGAGACAAAGCCAUCCCCUUUUCCUCCACCGUCCCAACGUCAAUGGCGAGCGACAGAAGGAGCUCAACAGAGGACGUAGCCGUCUGCGAUGGCCUCUGUAGAAGCGAGGCUGUGCCUGUCGAAAUGGCCGAACGUACCCUCAGCGAAAAACACACAUCUCUUGCUUCAGCAUCAACUUCUUUUUCAGUAGAGGAUGGCGAGGGAGAUCAUACUGCGAAGGCGAGAGCCUGCUGCAGUCGAACCCUUGUACGCAAAAUCGAUCUGCUGCUCAUGCCGCCAAUGAUCCUCCUUUUUGGACUAGCAUACGCUGAUAAAGCCGUCCUUGGCUCCGCAGCUGUGGCGGGCAUCCUUGAAGCCCUUCAGCUAUCAGUGACUACCAUCAACUCGAAUGGAAAGCAGGUCACUGAUCUCACCCGCUAUUCCACGGCAACUGCUUUGUUUUACGCAGGCUACGCCGUGUCCGUACUUCCCGCGGCACUCGUCGCGACUCGUGUGCCUAAUAUUAUCCACUUUCUCUCUGCCAUGAUUAUCCUAUGGGGCGUCGUCACCAUCUUAACACCCACGAUUCACCACUGGCAGGUUCUAUGUGCGCAGCGCUUCUUUCUGGGAAUGAUUGAAGCAACCGUCUCGCCUGGCUUUGUGGUAAUCACAAGGGCAUGGUACAAACGGAGAGAGCAUGCAUCAAGACUUGGAAUUUGGUAUUCAAGCACCGGGCUGUUCAGCAUCUUCGCUGGCGUCUUCAAUUACGCCAUAGCUUCCAUCCGUGGUUCCAUUGCGCCAUGGAAGCUACUUUACCUCGUCGCCGGUGCCUUUACCAUCGUUUUUGGUCUCCUCUUCCUCCUUCUCGUCCCUAAAGAUCCAUCCUCGCCCCCAAUCUUCUGCAUUCGCGCUUACAACAUUUUCACACCUAGACAACGGAUCGAAUUCCAGAACAGGCUUGGAGAGGACGAUCUUGGCCUGCUUAGCAAUUCGUCAGCUGACUCAAAUUGGACCGAAGUCAAGGAAUGCUUUCUGGACAUGAAAAUGUAUAUGUUUGCGCUCAUUGCGUUCUCUAUCUACUUAACCAAUGGCGCAGUGACUGCGUUUGGAACCCAGAUCUUGCGGAAUUUACACUACACGGGUGCACAAGCCAUUGCGCUUCAAGCUCCUGGUGGCUUCACCACCGCUCUCUCCAUCUACAUCACCGGCUACAUCUCCUUGAAGGUUCCCAACUCUCGCAUCAUCUUGCUUUGUCUCUCUUGUCUGCCCGUCAUGGCAGGUGCCUUGAUGAUCUGGCUUGGAAAUUGGAAGGACAGAGGCGUCAUCUUCGCAGGUCUCUGGAUGCUCCCCAUAUUUGGUGCAAGCUUUGUGCAAUUGCUAUCAUUAGCUACAGCGAACGUAAAAGGCAACAUCAAACCUUCCAUCGCCGCUGGUAUCAUCUUCGUGGCGUACAGUCUCUCAAACGUGUCUGCACCAUACACAUUCAAAGGUUCCGAACUGGCCCAGAAAUAUCGGACGACUUGGCAAGUCAUCAUCGGGGCGAUGUGCGCAUCCAUAUUCUUUUCCGUCCUGUUGGGUCUAAAUAUGGCCUACGCGAACAAACGCAAAGCGCAGGUGGAAGCGGAUGGAGACGGGGGCGUUGUCAAUGCCACAGACAUGAAGGAUCCAACGUUCAGGUAUGUAUUCUGACGAGAGUAAAGCAAAUACAUGCCCCUUGAUGGCCUAAUUUCCCGCAUUCAAGGAUCACGAACAUAGUUUCUGGAGAAGUGGGUAGUAUAACAUCAGUUACAGGCAUCAUACUCAGUAUCGAUUCUCAUAGCGAGACAUCAUAUACUUGCCCUGGGAAGAUUCCUUGGACACCAUUAACGAUCCCCGUCCACCAGUCUUCG